GAUUUUUCAUUGGCUGCGGGGAAAAGGAGCCCUGGCUAUACAAUCGAUUCCAUGGAAAUCGGCGCAUGCGUAAAUGUAAGUGUUGCAGCUUGUGUCCACCAUAUGCAGCAAGCUUGAAGAGCCGGGACUGAGUGUUUCCAGGUUAAUAAGACACAGCGAAAAUGGGGAAGAAACAGAAGACCAAGAGUGAUGAGAGUGCCAAGGAUGAUGUUGAUGUUGAUGCCUUAGCUGCAGAGAUUGAGGGAGCUGGAGCUGCUAAAGACCAAAAGGCCAAAGGAAAAAAGAAGAAAGGAAAGAAGCAAGAUUUUAAUGAAGAAGAUAUAUUGAAGGAACUGGAGGAGCUGUCCUUGGAAGCACAAGGGGGGAAAGGAGAUAAAGAACUUGUUUCAAAGAAAGCAGAAACUGACAAUAUUGAACCUGUACCCGUCAAGCAAGACAAGAAAAAGAAAGGCCAAAAAGCCAAGAAGACAAAUUUGGAUGAAGAUGAGGACAAUAGUGAAAAUGAAAUGGAGACCAAAACCGCAAAACCCAAGAAAGCAGAUAAAUCUAAACCCAUUGACAUGUCUGAGAGUGAUGAUGAUAAUGAUAACUUUAAUCAAACUUCUAAGAAGGCAAAGGGAAAAAAUCAAUCCGCUUCUAAAAAACUUCAAGUUGUCGAGGAAGCUAAUGAUCAAAAAGAAGAACACUCUGGAGACAGUGGUGAGGAGUCAGAUGAGUUUAGCCAAGGGAAGAAAGGAAAGAAAAAUCAAAAGGCAAAGUCUGCACCAAAAGUAGAAAGUGCAGAUGAAGAUGGGGAAUUCAAGAUCAAGACUGCUGCUCAAAAGAAGGCUGAGAAGAAAGAACGAGAAAGAAAAAAACGAGAGGAAGAAAAGGCUAAAGUAAAAAAGCAGAAAGAAAAGGAUGAACCUGAAGGUGGGAAAAAAGAUGCUGCUGAGACAGCUGCUCCCAAAAAGGAAGCCAAGGCUGCAAAUGAGCUUGAAAUCACAACUGCUGCAGCUGCAGAAGGAGAAGCAGAUGAUGACAAUGAGGGAGACAAAAAGAAAAAAGACAAAAAGAAAAAGAAAGUGGAAAAGACAGAAAAAGAUGAUAAGAAAAAGCGACCCAGUACAGCUGUUGUUAAAGCCAUGCAGGAAGCUCUGGCUAAAAUGAAAGAAGAGGAGGAGAGACUGAAGAGAGAAGAGGAAGAGCGUUUAAGACGGCUGGAGGAAAUGGAAGCCAAGCGUUUGGAAGAGGAACGACUGGAGCAAGAGCGAAAAGAAAAAAGAAAGCAAAAAGAAAAAGAAAGAAAGGAACGCUUAAAAAAGGAGGGCAAGCUACUGACCAAAACACAGAGAGAAGCCAGAGCAAGAGCAGAAGCAACUCUGAAGGUCCUCCAAGCUCAGGGUGUUGAGGUACCUUCCAAAGACUCUGUGCCAAAGAAAAAGCCAAUUUAUGAAGACAAAAAGAAAAAGAAGCCACAACAACAGACACCAGUUAAGCAAGAGCCAAUGGAGGUGAGCUCUCCGGUAGAAGCAGUUAUAGAACAACCAGCACCAGCGAAAGAGGAGACGGCAGUGCCAGUGGAAUCACCUGGAAACAGUGUGGAUAGUGAAAGCGAUAAAGAAGCAACAGAAGAGGAUGCCGGUGUGGAUGACUGGGAAGCUAUAGUGAGCGAUGAAGAAAGGGAGAAAGAGACAAAAACUAUUCACAUUGAAGUUCAGGAGAAGAAUGAAGAGGAAGAAGAGGAGGACGAAGAUGAAGAGGAUGAGGGAGAAAGUGAGGAAGAGGAUGAGGAUGAAGGGGAUAGUGAAGGCACUGAAGAUGGAAAGUCUUCAGAUGAAAAGCCGCAAGAAUCCCAAACUGUUGCACCAAAACUUCAAGAGAAGAAGCCUAGCAGAGAACUAAGCUCCGAGUCUGAGUCUGAGUCUGAUUCUGAUGACGAUCGCACUAAAGAAGAGAUAGCGUACGACAAAGCAAAGAGGAGAAUAGAGAAAAGACGCCUUGAAAACCAGAAAACUGUAAAUAUCCAGGUACUCCGGGCACCAGUAAUAUGUGUCCUUGGGCAUGUAGACACAGGAAAAACAAAAAUCUUGGAUAAGCUGCGCCAUACACAUGUACAAGACAGUGAAGCAGGUGGUAUCACUCAACAGAUUGGAGCAACCAACGUCCCCCUUGAUGCUAUCAAAGAACAGGCUAAGAUGGUUAAGAAUUUUGACAGGGAGAAUAUAAAGAUUCCAGGAAUGCUUAUCAUAGAUACACCUGGCCAUGAAUCCUUCAGUAAUUUGAGGAAUCGUGGAAGCUCCCUUUGUGAUAUUGCCAUUCUUGUUGUGGAUAUUAUGCAUGGAUUGGAGCCGCAGACAAUAGAAUCUCUGAACCUGCUAAAAAAUAAGAAGUGCCCUUUUAUUGUGGCUCUGAACAAAAUCGACAGGCUGUAUGACUGGAAAAAGGGCCCAGAUGCUGAUGUUGCUGCAACAUUAAAGAAACAGAAGAAAAAUACUAAGGAUGAAUUUGAGGAGCGAGCCAAGGCCAUCAUUGUUGAAUUUGCACAGCAGGGUUUGAAUGCUGCUUUAUUCUAUGAAAAUAAAGACCCUCGCACUUUUGUUUCUCUGGUUCCUACAUCUGCUCAUACUGGAGAUGGAAUGGGAAAUCUGAUCUCUCUUCUUGUAGACUUGACACAGACCAUGCUUAAUAAAAGGCUGGCUCAUUCCGAAGAGUUAAGAGCCCAAGUAAUGGAAGUGAAAGCCCUGCCAGGGAUGGGAACGACUAUUGAUGUCAUUUUGAUCAAUGGGCGUUUAAAGGAAAGUGACAUUGUUAUUGUUCCUGGUGUUGAAGGCCCAAUAGUCACCCAGAUCAGAGGACUUUUGCUACCUCCCCCAAUGAAAGAAUUAAGAGUUAAGAAUCAGUAUGAGAAACACAAAGAAGUAAUAGCUGCUCAAGGAGUUAAGAUUCUUGGGAAAGACUUGGAAAAGGCAUUGGCUGGGUUGCCACUGUUAGUGGCCCACAGUGAGGAUGAGAUCCCAGUUCUGAGGGAUGAGCUCAUCCAUGAAUUAAAACAGACCUUGAAUGCCAUAAAGUUAGAAGAAAAGGGUGUUUAUGUGCAGGCAUCUACCCUGGGUUCUUUAGAAGCACUGCUAGAGUUCCUGAAAACAUCAGAAGUACCGUAUGCUGGAAUCAACAUUGGACCUGUUCACAAAAAGGAUGUCAUGAAAGCUUCAGUGAUGUUGGAACAUGAUCCACAAUAUGCUGUGAUUUUGGCUUUUGAUGUAAGGAUUGAACGAGAAGCCCAAGAAAUGGCUGAUAGUUUAGGAGUUCGCAUUUUUAGUGCUGAAAUCAUCUACCACUUAUUUGAUGCCUUUACUAAGUACCGCCAAGACUAUAAGAAGCAGAAACAGGAAGAAUUCAAGCACAUAGCAGUAUUUCCGUGUAAAAUCCGAAUUCUCCCUCAGUUUAUCUUCAAUUCUCGAGAUCCAAUUGUCAUGGGAGUGGUGGUGGAAGCAGGACAAGUGAAACAGGGAACGCCAAUUUGUGUACCUAGUAAGAAUUUUGUAGAUAUUGGGAUAGUGACCAGUAUUGAAAUUAACCACAAGUCAGUUGAUAUGGCAAAGAAAGGCCAGGAAGUGUGCAUUAAAAUCGAGCCCAUUCCUGGAGAGUCUCCUAAGAUGUUUGGAAGACACUUUGAGGCUACAGAUUUCCUCAUUAGCAAGAUUACUCGGCAGUCAAUUGAUGCUUUGAAAAACUGGUUUAGAGACGAGAUGCAGAAAUCAGACUGGCAACUUAUAGUGGAACUGAAGAAAGUGUUUGAAAUCAUCUAAUGGUUUUUCAGUGGCAAUCCCAGGCUGGAACUCAUGUUGUAUAAAUGGACAAGUUUUACUUUUGUAACAAAAGAAGCGAUGUGUUGCAGUGGAAAAAAGGAACUGAAAAGGAUAAUCCUGUGGCUGGUGGAAAUAAUAUUAGUUACAAUUGUUUUCCAUGAGAAACCAAGACUUUUACACUGGUUCGACAGUGCUCCGUUUUACACAUCCCACAGUUCCAAUGUGCCUGUUCUCCUGUUCACAUCACUCUUGUACUGGCUUCUGUUUUAAUCGGCCCAAUGUUUUAUUACACAACAAUCGCCGUUUUAUAUUUGUACGAUCAGUGUUGCAGGUUUUGAUCCCCUGCAAGAUUCUAUGGAAUUUGGAUCCUCUGUUGUACAAAAGUAAUUGGAAAAUGAAAUGUUAUUUAUGCAGGUUCUCUGCCUGCUUCCCAGUAAGUUUCCAAUGUAUCUUUACUUCGUGCCUAUCAACAUUUUUUUUAAAGAUGGAGAAUGAAAUAGUUAGGAUCUCAAUGUAUCUGCUUUGUGUGAAAUAUGAUGUAAGAUGUAUUUUGGGCAGCAUUUUAAUGCUUGUACAGUUCAUGACGCCGAGUUAUACUGUAACCAAACAGAGCCAGAAAUAAAGUCAAUGGGCAAUGUUAUU